AUGGUUAUAAACACCACGCUUUUCAAUAACUUAAUUCGGCAUCGUCUCCUCAGAAAGAGAAUGAUGUGGCCUGCAAACUUGCCAGAUCUCAACCCAAUUGAGUAUCUUCGGGACCGGCAAAAGCGGUAUGUCUAUCGCCAGUUCAAAGAAUACUGCACGCAGGCUGACUUGGCUCAAUUGUUGCAGGAGAAAUGGAUAGCUAUAUCUCAACAGCAAGUGAGCAGACUCCUCAACAUGAGGAGAUGUCUUGAGGUAAUUCAGAAGCGUGGUGGUUACACCCAUUAUGAAAUCAUUGAUGAAACAUUACUGUUGUUGAGAAAUUUAAAUAAAGUAAUUCUUGUGAAUUUUGAAAUUGAGUAUUUCAGUAUUCAAUGGAGGACUGGAGGUUAG